CCCAAGCUCAACUUCAUUUCCCCAAAAAUCUCAAAGAACCCGCACAGGCAACACCACCACUCGCGCUCGUUCUCUGCGCGUGCAAUAUCUCUGCCUUCUCUUCCUUUUCUGUCACCUUCUCCCGCCCCACCGCUCCUGCUCUGGUUCACCCGAUUCCUGACCCGAGUUAUCGCUUCCGGUCCCGCCUUCAAGUUCUCGACGGGUCAAACCAAAACCUAUAAACAAAACUAUUAAAUGAGAUGAGUUUUGCAACUGAUUCCCCAGUGCACUCGUCUAGCAGUGACGAUUUUGCUGCAUUAAUUGAUGCGGAGCUUGAAGUUGGUUCUUCAGGCUCAUCGCCAGAUGAACAAGACAAUGAAGAGGAAGAAGUUGAUGCUGAUAGUGAUGAUGACGACAGCGACGAUGAAGAGGAUGACAGUAAUGAUGACCUUAACGAUCAUAGGAACAAAAGGUGCAAGACCGAGAAGUUGGAUGACCUAGAAGGACCUCAAGGGUCAACCUCUCAGGGUUUGAUAGAAGAAAAGUUAGAAGUAUCCUUGAACAAGGAUACAUGUACACAUCCUGGUUCUUUUGGACAAAUGUGCAUCCUUUGUGGGCAAAGAGUGGAUGAUGAAUCCGGUGUAACAUUUGGUUAUAUACAUAAGGGUUUAAGGCUCGGAAAUGAUGAAAUUGUUCGAUUACGCAGCACGGACAUGAAAAAUCUGUUACGUCAUAAAAAGCUUUACUUAGUUCUUGAUUUAGACCACACACUCCUUAAUUCUACUCAACUCAAUCACCUAACAGCUGAGGAAGAAUAUUUGAAGGGCCAAUCUGAUUCUAUGCAAGAUGUUUCAAAGGGCAGCCUGUUCAUGUUGGAAUUUAUGCAUAUGAUGACCAAAUUGAGGCCCUUUGUUCGUACAUUUCUCAAAGAAGCAAGUGAGAUGUUUGAGAUGUACAUUUAUACAAUGGGCGAUCGACCCUAUGCGCUAGAAAUGGCUAAACUGCUUGAUCCAAAAAAAGAGUACUUCAAUGGCCGAGUGAUUUCACGAGACGAUGGCACCCAGAAACACCAAAAGGGUCUUGAUGUGGUACUAGGGCAAGACAGUGCCGUCGUGAUCCUGGACGAUACAGAAAAUGCAUGGACGAAGCAUAAAGACAAUCUGAUACUGAUGGAGAGAUAUCAUUUCUUUGCUUCGAGUUGUCGCCAAUUCGGCUUCGAUUGCAGGUCUCUUUCUCAGUUGAAGAGUGACGAAAGUGAGCCCGAUGGAGCACUUGCUUCCAUUCUUAAAAUACUUCGACAAAUCCACCAUAUUUUCUUCGAUGAACUUGAUUCCGAUCUUGCUAGCCGAGAUGUGAGGCAGGUCCUGAAAACAGUUCGUAAGGAAGUGUUGAAGGAUUGCAAAAUCGUUUUCAGCCGUGUUUUUCCCACGAAAUUCCAGCCAGAGAAUCAUCUUCUAUGGAAAAUGGCAGAACAGUUAGGAGCUACGUGUUCGACCGAAACUGAUUCUUCAGUAACACACGUCGUUUCAAUGGAUGCUGGAACGGAAAAGUCCCGUUGGGCUGUGAAAGAGAACAAGUUUUUGGUCCAUCCGCGGUGGAUAGAAGCUGCAAAUUUCUUUUGGCUGAAACAACCCGAAGAAAAAUUUCCAGUUAGCCAAACUAAGAAUCAAUGACCAUUAAUUCAUUAAAGUAGUGUUUUCAUCUUAUUUUGGAUUGACAGUUACAUUAGUAGCAGAAAAAUUGAUGAAUGACCAUAUUUUAGUGUACACAUUAAAAAAUGCCUCCAUGUUGGCUUGGGAGGAUUCUUAACACUUUUUGGUAGUUCAAAUUAGUUCUCUAAUUAUCUGAGACUCGGAAUUCGAUAUUCAAA